CUCAGUCGGGCAGAGCUACGGGCACAUGGCCAUCUGUCUAUUCUCUGAAUACAGCUGACAACAAAGGAGGGCAAUUCUUCAUUACCGGACCAUACAGCUACUGGACACUCACACACUCACUAACAUUGUUGGGGGAACAAGGCAAACAAGAGAGGAAAAGCAACUGACUGACACCAACCUACUGCUUCAACCUCAAUCAGCCCAGCAGUUCAUCAAGAGUAAAAUGGCAACAGAGAGAGAGAGGUCUACUUAACUCAUAUCUCAUAGCCUGUCUGUCUGAAAGUGUGAAGUGUCCAGAUCAUCAAGAAGAAUGAAUAUGAAUGAGAAAGAGGUUGCUUUGUGGUCUGAGGGAGGGCUAAAUGUCACUCUCACCAUCCGCCUACUAAUGCAUGGAAAAGAAGUGGGCAGUAUCAUUGGGAAGAAAGGGGAAACUGUCAAGAAAAUGAGAGAAGAGAGUGGAGCACGCAUUAAUAUUUCUGAUGGCUCCAGCACAGAACGAAUCGUCACCAUCACUGGUGCCUCUGAGGUCAUCUUCAAAGCUUUUGCCAUGAUUGCGGAGAAGUUUGAUGAGGAUAUUCUGGCCUGCAUGGUGAACAGUACAGUGUCAAGCAGACCUCCUGUCACGCUGCGCCUUGUGUUCCCUGCCAGUCAGUGUGGCUCUCUCAUCGGCAAAGGAGGCUCCAAAAUCAAAGAGAUCAGAGAGACCACAGGUGCACAGGUGCAGGUAGCUGGAGACUUAUUACCGGAGUCUACUGAGAGAGCAGUGACCAUCUCUGGCACUCCCAAUGCCAUCACACAAUGUGUGAGACACAUCUGCAUGAUCAUGCUGGAGUCACCGCCUAAAGGAGCAACAAUUCCUUAUCGGCCCAAGCCAUCCUCUGGUGGCAAUCCCACAGUUUUAUCCCAACCACAUACAGCUCCUACUUUUGCUGUUCCAGCACAGUACACUAUUCCUCCCCAAGACUUGACCAAGCUUCACCAGUUGGCUAUGCAGCAUAUCCCCUUUACCUCCCUUGGGCAGAGCAACCCUACUUUCCCUGGUCUGGAUAUGUCGGUUUCUCCAAGUUCUUAUGAGCUGAGCAUACCUAAUGAGCUCAUAGGCUGCAUUAUUGGCAGACAAGGCACUAAGAUCAAUGAAAUUCGCCAGAUGUCUGGAGCCCAAAUCAAGAUAGCCAGUGCCACAGAUGGCUCAGCAGUACGUCAUGUCACCAUUACUGGCUCCCCAGCAAGCAUCUGCCUGGCCCAAUACCUCAUCAGUGCCAGUUUAGAGAUGGCUAAGCUCAGCAUCCAGGCUGCCUCCUCUUCCUCCAGCACUACUGUUGACCUCGGCCUGAGUUUCUCCCAGUCUGCCUCUCCUGCCUCUGCCUCUGCGGCCAUGCUGGCUGCUCCCUCAGCCAUUAACGUCCACUCACCCCCGGCCAUGCACUCCAUCCCUACUACCCACUAUGCUCUUCCAGUCUCCAGCCUUCUUGGCAUGAAAACUGUGCCUCUGCUGACUGUGCACACCGCUGCCUCGCCGGGCCUCGCUCCCUACACCACAAAAAUCCCUGCCUCAGCCUCCAUAAAAAAAUCAGAGCAUCAGAGGUUCACCCCCUACUGACCAACACUGGCAAUCUUUCAUUUACUUACUAUGUUUUCUGGUUUGGGGGCAUCUUUGACAACUUUGAAGAUGUUGUCCUUUUUUGUAUAUUUCUGUACAAUAUUAUGCAAAUGAAAUGAAAUGCAUCUCAUGUCAUCCUGCAUUUCCUUUGGCAUUUCGUUUAGAAAUGUUUCAGAUAGUGAUAUCAAGCCAUAUUUUUCGGACACUCCAUUCACCCCUUUUUAUAACCAUAACUAAUGUGAUUGCACUUACAGAAUGUUGAGUUUGAAACCUUGCUCAAACUUAUUAAGGUAGUCAAUUACAUGCAAUUAUAGUACAUGCAUAUACAUGAUCUUGAAAAUAUCUUUUUUUUUUUAUAAAGUACAAAUCCUUUGUUUUUAUUUAGUCUCAAAUAGUCACAUUGAGUCUCUGUUACUGAAUAUCACCUGUGCUAGCUGCUUAAAAGCAGGAAAUUGACAUGUUAUUUAAUUUAGGACAAAAAUACAAAUAUUAAUCCCAUAUAGCAUACAACUAUGCAAAAUAUUUAAGGUUGUAAUGACACGAGGAAAUUAGCUGCAUGUAUGUAAAUGACAAUGUAUUAUGGUUAUUUGUGAUUUUAUUGUUUAUUUUAUUGAUGUUUCUAUUGUUUCCAGUUAACUGUAACCAUGUACAAGUUUAAUUUUUCACUAAGCUUAAAAUGGAGCAGAGGUGGUAUGCAUCCCUGGCAGAAAAUGGGUUAUAUUUGUGUCAUAGAUAUUAUGAACCGUAGUAAUUGCUAUAGUCCUUUGGCCCUGAUGGUGUACUCCUUUCCAUGGCUUUAUGUAGUAGAAGCUGGCCUGGGGUCUCUUUAGUCAUGCUGACAUGCUGCAGUCUCUCAUUUUCCCCCUGGAUUAUUGCCAUAUGGUAUUCUUGAGUUCUCAGUAUUAUUCAUUAGUUACAGGUUUGAUUAUAUGCAAAUUGACAACAUGUAAUGUUUACUAAAGAAAAAAUAUAAACUUUACUAAACUUUACUGGAAAAAGAAC